AUGGUUGAUUUUUUUAUAGCAUUUCAUAGUAAUAAAUCAUAUGAUUUUCAUAUUCGUAAUAAUAAUUAUCUAGUUAGCAGCAAAAAGUUAUCCAAUAUAUCUAAAAGAAGCUCAAAAAAUGAUGAUUAUAAGAUUGAAUCAAUGCAAAAGCGAAUAAAGAAACUUCAUAUUAAUGAUAAUGAUGAAUAUGAAGCACAUAACAAUCCAAAUCUUCAUUCAGAAGAACAAGAUGAAUUAGAACUUCCUGAAA